AUAUUUAAUUGACAGCGAAGAUUCAUCAAAGUAUGUGGCGUUACACCUUCAAUGUAGACCACUGGAAUUUUGAAUGAAGUUCAAGUUUUUGUCUUUGACUCAAUUCAGUUUUGAAUUGAUUUCAACAGAAGUCCAGAUGCAGUUUUUUUGUAUAUGCGAGUAAUGUACUAUGUUUGGUGGAUAUGUCUUUUGACGAACAUUUCCAGAGUAUGUAGUCAGUGUAGUGGUACAACUAGUGUUUUAUCAGUUGGGUAUUCAGCCGCCAGUGUACAGAGUCCUAACUAUGACAAUGGAUACUCAACCGACAAAACAUGUUCUUGGAAGCACUCCACAUCCAUAACAGGAUCAUCACUUUUGGUCCAAAUCAACGCAUCUAUUGACUGCACGGGGGAUACAAUAAAUAUAUAUGACGGCACAGACACCACUGGUUUAAAAUUGCACACUUGCUCAAACAUGGGAUAUCCUAGAUAUUUUAUAGCUUCGACUGGUAAUAUAUAUACCUCAUUUAUCACUGACAGCAUGUCCAGUGCAGCGGAAAAGGGAUUUUCAUACAACGUUAUAUCAGCUAAAGAUUUUUCUAGUUCUGCGUGUACUUCUAUUCUGACAAAAGUGGCAUCCACUACAGUACAAUAUAUAAGUAGCCCGAUGUUCCCUAACCAGUAUCCAAUAAAUAGUGAGUGUUCAUGGAGGAUAGAGAGAAUAGGAGAUCCAGAACAAUUAGAAUUAUCUUUUAGAUUUAUAGAUAUAGAGGCUGAUGAUAACAAGUGUCGGUAUGAUUAUGUGAAGAUUAUUGAUGAUGCAACGGGCACAACGAUUAUCACAUCAUGCGGCAGAGAUGAGUGGUUUCCAAGUCAGACCUACACAACAAAAGGGAACGUUACUGUUAUAUUCCAUAGUGACGUCACUGAACAACAUAGAGGAUUCUUACUGGCUUAUCAGAUACAAAGUUCUUCAAAUAAACCAUCUGAUGACGACUCCUGUUAUUUCAAUAAUUGUGUAAUCUUGCCUGUAGUGUUAGCCAUUGGAGGAGUUAUUCUUAUCGCUGUCAUAGCUUUUUGCAUUAUGUGUUUCGUCGGUAAAAUGUAUGCUGUUCCGAAUACAGUGAAAGUGUCGUCUGUACAAAAGAGGCCCAGUUUUCGACAUAUCUUCAUUCCGAAAUUUGCAAACAAGAAGCAAGAGUCUAAGUCAUUGAAAAAUAUACUUGUAAAGAUGGAAGAAGACUCCAUAAUUUCAAGACCCCCGAUUGCUACUGCUCAAACACUGUAUACGUCGAAUGACAUCAUACACAGCAAAUUAUCAGAGGCACGCAAAACGACGUUGAAAACAAUAAACGAAAAGGAUAAAACAAUAGCUUCUUCUUUUACAAAAUUAAUGAAAAGGAAUCGAGAUAAGCACAAAGAACUCUUACAAAACAGUAUAAAUGAAGCUGAUAUUUCAAGUAGCUCUGCCUUGCAAAAAGAGUCUGGACAGCUUGCAUCAGAAAUGGCCAACAAGGAAGGUCCAGAUGAACAAUUAAGGUCGACUUUAGUUGCCUUCAAUAAUUCCGGAAAUUUUUCAACAACUAAUUCAGGCUUUUCAAAAAAGGAUCCAAUAAGCUACAAAAAAGAGGGCAAACAAUCGACUGACAAAAGGAAGACCACGUCGAUUACUCGAAACAAAAAAACACAGACCACUUCUAUGAUUGGUGAAGGCAAGGUAUCUGUUACCACUUCACCCGUUAACAAUGCUAAUAAAAACAUUGAUUUGAUCAAAACUAAAGUUAAAUUGAAAUCGGAUUUAAACAAAAGUACAGAAAGUCAUUACAGGGCGUUUUUCAGAAAAAGCAUAGAAAAUCAGUGUACUCCAAACAAAACUAAUCAAAGUGUGUCAAAACCUGUUCAUGCUGCUGAAUUGGGAAAACCAGUUGAGAAAGUGCAAAUUCGAAAAAUGCAAACUUUAAGGAAAUUGAAUGACAAAAGAAAAGAACAAUGGAUUAAAAAAGACUUAGAAUAACAUUAAUUAGCUAUAAAAUAUCACCUUGAUAUUUCGUUUUACAGUUCAUUAAACGGGUAUUUUAAAUGUUUUCGCAUUAUAACAUUUAUCUCAUA